GGGGCGGGGCGAGGAGCCAGGGGGCGGCCGAUCGCGCCCGGGGAGCCGGUGCCAGCGGGCUGCCGAGGUGGCGGUCGCGGGCUCGGAGCUACGGCUUCCGCGGGUCGAGCCCCCUAUGGAGGCCGAGGCCACAGACAGUCCCCCGCCGGGAGGGGUCGAGGCGGCGCUCAGUUGCUUCUCUUUCAACCAGGACUGCACAUCACUAGCCAUAGGAACCAAAGCCGGUUAUAAGCUGUUCUCUUUGAGUUCCGUGGAGCAGCUGGACCAAGUCCAUGGAAGCAAUGAGAUCCCCGACGUCUACAUUGUGGAGCGCCUUUUCUCCAGCAGCUUGGUGGUGGUGGUCAGCCACACGAAGCCACGGCAGAUGAACGUCUAUCACUUCAAGAAAGGCACGGAGAUCUGUAACUACAGCUACUCGAGCAACAUCUUGUCCAUAAGGCUGAACCGGCAGGUGAGUGGGGGAAGCCCCACGGGCUGUAUGACAUCUGACAGUGGAAGUCAAAGGCAAAGGUGACAGCUUUUCAAAAUC